UGAGAAGAUUAUGCGACUGCGUCCUAAAGGUGGAGCGAAAAUCAUGAAGGUUUGUGCCGGAGGGGACGGGGGAAUAAUCCUUUGAGCUCUCGGGGAGAAUGACAGAGAGAUGGAAAUGUCGAACUCUUGGCUCUCGGAUUAUGCGCAUAUUGUGAGGAGCUGAUGGACGACGGACUGAGGGAUAUUUUUCCCCAAAGAAUGGACGUUUGAUCAACUUUAUUUAAUGGAAACAUUUGUAACAGAGCUGCUCAUCCUCAGGGAACAGAAAUGGUGCACAAACUUCUGCUGCACAUCGCUUUGGCAGCAAGUCUCCUCUCACGUGAGCUUCCGGGGGCCUCAGCUACCAAAACAAAAACUCAAGUGAAGAACAACUCGGGUGUGACACCAGCUGGGCAGUGUGGGACCUGGAUAAAAGAGCCUGAGGGAGGGUAUUUCACCUCACCCAACUACCCAGAGAAAUACCCUCCUGAGAGAGAAUGUGUCUAUAUUAUUGAAGCCUCUCCACGACAGUGCAUCGACUUGUUUUUCGAUGAGAAGUAUUCAAUCGAGCCAUCCUGGGAGUGUAAAUUCGACCACAUCGAGGUACGGGAUGGGCCAUUCGUGUUCUCUCCAAUCCUCGGGCGCUUCUGUGGGCCGGAAAGCCCUUCAUAUGUCCGCUCCAGUGGGAGGUACCUGUACAUCAAGUUUGUGGCUGAUGGGGAACUGGAGGCCAUGGGUUUCUCUGCCCAUUAUAACUUCACACAAGAUCCAGAGUUCACUGGAGUUGGGGAACUGCCAGCUCUGCCAUUUUGUGAGUUUGAGCUGAGCGGUCCAGAAGGCUUUGUAGAAUCAGGCCAGAUAGCCGGGGAGAGCCGAGCGCUGCAGACUGAGGCUGUAGACUGCAGGUGGUUCAUCAAGGCUCCACCAAGAGCUAGGAUCUACUUGCGUUUCCUGGAAUAUGAGAUGCACAACUCGAACGAGUGCAAGCGUAACUUCGUUGCCAUCUACGACGGCAGCAGUUCGGUUGAGCACCUGAAGAAUAAGUUCUGCUCCACGGUGGCCAACGAUGUCAUGCUGGUGUCUUCUGUGGGCGUGGUGAGGCUGUGGGCAGAUGAGGGUAGCAGGAAGAGCAAAUUCAGGAUCCUCUUUACAACUUUCCAUGAGCCUCCAUGUGAAGGAGAAACUUUCUUUUGCCAUAGCAACAUGUGCAUCAACCAAACGCUGGUCUGCAACGGUAUCCAGAACUGUGUUUUCCCAUGGGACGAGAAUCACUGCAAAGAGAAAAGGCAGGCCAGUAUUCUGGACUCACUGGAUGGCACUAACCUGGCUAUCAUCGGCGUCACCUGUGGCCUGGUUCUUAUCCUGCUCAUCAUCUCUGUCAUCAUCCAGGUCAAACAGCCUCGCAAGAAAUACAUAAUUCGCAGAGAUGACUUUGACCCUGCCCUCCUUCACCCUGGUUUUGAGCCUCCUCACUACGAGCUCUGCACUCUGCGCCGCACCCCCUCCGGCGACCUGAACGAUGCCGCCAUGGCCGAGGACUAUGAGAAAUUUCACAAGCUCCGACGCUCCUCCUCCAAAUGCAUCCGUGACCACCAUUGUGGCUCUUUCCCGGGGAGCAUGCAUGGCAGUGUCCACGGUAGUCGCAGCAACCUGAGCAUGAGGGACGCAACCAUAGUGGCUGACGGGGGGGGCCUCAUGCCACCACCACUGCCUCCAGGGAUGGGCAGCCAACAGUCACCGCACCUCUCCCAACAUACCACACCCGCAGGACACAGGAGCAUCCUGAUGAUGAAGCAUAGCUACUCUCAGGAUGGGGCAGAGGGGUACAGGGCAGAAGAGGAUGAGGACUUUAUGAUGGAUGAUGGUCCCUCCACCAGCCAGCAACGCAUGUACCACCAUCAUAUGCACCAUGGCACUUCAGGGCAGGACCAUACCGUCCACCGUACACUGUCUAAUGACUUCUAAUGUAAGAAAAAGGGAAAAAAAGAACCCGCCCUCUUUAUUUGUAAUCUGGUGAUGGGAACAUUUGUUUUGUUUAAUUACAUUUCAGUUUAAUUUAUAGAACCUAAUGCUCCUCUUCACAGCUUCUGUUAACGUUAUUGGCUUUCAUACCUCAAAUUAAAUGGAAGUGUGGUAGCACAUAAGAUGCACAUGUCUAUAAUGCAUUAUAAACAUAGUUAUUAUGUUUUAUUGUUUGC